AUGUCAGGGUCACCAAAGUUCUCAUCAUCUACUGCUGGACUAUCUUCUCCUAAAGUAUCCUCGAAGCAGCAGCAGCAUCAACUACAUCAACAACAUCUUAGUGAUAGUAUCGACAAUGAUAUCAACAAUGCAUCGAUGAUAAUGGAUAGUACAUCACCUGGUGCACCAAAGGCAUCAUACACCUCUAUAUACGACUACAACGAUGACUUUUCACAUCAUGUCAAUAUAUUACCAUCUAGUGCUACACGUGAUCGGCAGUGCUCCAGCUAUGCUGACCGUGUUCUGUUCUCUAGCAAAUACUACUAUGCCUACAUUGCAAUGAUUGCCAUCAACUUAAUACUUAUCAUCUGGUUGAUUAUCAACCUGAUACGCAAACAAACAUCAGUACCAAACCAUUGGUUAUUCAUUGUAUUGGAUAUCAUUGUCAACCUGGCACUACUACUAGAGGUGUCACUACAGAUCAUUUCACAAAAGAGUAGAUACUUUAAAGAAUGGUCCAAUCGAUUUGAUCUGUUUGUCCUGGUCCUAUCGAUAGCAGGUCUCUUCAUGUAUCUAUUGUCACAUGCGAGCGUAGCGUUCGAGUAUGAAGGCAUUGUAAUUAUAUUCUUCACUGCUCUAAGAUAUGGAGUGCAGUUCUUACGACUACUGGCAAUGAUCAAAAGACAAAAGGCAAGAGGAUCAGCAUUCCAGAGUAGAGUGGACUUUGCAGAGUUGAAGGACACGGAUCUAGUCUUUGAUAUUGAUUCAUCAGACUUUUGA